UAGUGUUUACUUCCUGUAAUGGGUAUCUAUAUCGUAAUUGGAGUAGGCUGUUGACAAAAUAUUCUAUUUAUUUAAAAGCAUGGCUAAUGCUUUAAUGUUUCCAAGUUCCAGAGAAUGGGGGAUGCAGCUGACAAUGACCGCAAUGGAGGCAAUCGCAGACUAUUGACUCCAUUGCGGCAUGAGCACAAUGAGGCGCGAGACAGACGCUCCCGAAGCCGAACGCGCUCGGACGGGCGCAGUCGCGCGAGCAGGCGCAGCCGCAGUUCUUGUCGCCGUCGCUUACAAGAUCGGGAGCGAGAACUGGACAUCGAACGCGAACGAGUACGCCGGUUGGAACGAGACUUGCUACAAGAGCGUGAUGAAGAUCAGAGGAGACGUAGCGGACACAUCAGCCAGCGCUCAAGCUUCGGGAGAAGCUUACAGAGCCAGCCUUGCAGCCACGAGCCAGCCGAGCGCCGUAGCCGACUUCCUAGCAGCGGCAGGGUCGAGCGGCGCAGAAACGAGCGUCCGAGUCGCGUCAGCGAGCCCAGCCGCGAUCGGCGCAUGCCUCAGCAACCGGAGGCGUACCGACAGCGGGACCGUCACCCGAGCAGGGAGCGUCGAGAGACAAGGUCAAGGGCGAGAACUGAAUGGUUUGCUCCUUGACAAUAAAAAUGCGAGAAUUGAUUGGUUCGCUAAAUUGAUAUGGCCAGAGGGUACCUUGAGAAUUGAUUGGUUCAAGGAGUACCUGAUGGUAGUACCUCGAGAAUUGAUUGGUUCGAGGUUUAGUUUUAGUCCCUCGAGAAUUGAUUGGUUCGAGGUUUAGUUUAAGUCCCUCGAGAAUUGAUUGGUUCGAGGUUUAGUUUUAGUCCCUCGAGAAUUGAUUGGUUCGAGGUUUAGUUUAAGUCCCUCGAGAAUUGAUUGGUUCGAGGUUUAGUUUAAGUCCCUCGAGAAUUGAUUGGUUCGAGGUUUAGUUUAAGUCCCUCGAGAAUUGAUUGGUUCGAGGUUUAGUUUUAGUCCCUCGAGAAUUGAUUGGUUCGAGGUUUAGUUUUAGUCCCUCGAGAAUUGAUUGGUUCGAGGUUUAGUUUUAGUCCCUCGAGAAUUGAUUGGUUCGAGGUUUAGUUUUAGUUCCUCGAGAAUUGAUUGGUUCGAGGUUUAGUUUUAGUCCCUCGAGAAUUGAUUGGUUCAGUUUUAGUCCCUCAAGAAUUGAUUGAGUCUAGGAUUAAUUUCAGUCCCUCGAGAUUAUAAUAAAGUGUUUAAAUUUGUUAAAAUAUUCUGAAUCAAGAUUUUAAUUGACGUUUUCGGAGUAAGUUCGUGGUUUAAUAAAACAUGUCAAGGUUAAAUGCAUCGAUUACCUACUUUGAACUUGGUUGUCACUUGUCAGAGAAGAAAUUGUUAAUAUGUUUUAAAUUUUGUCAAUCUCUUUGUUUGUAAAAGGACACAAGAAUAUUAGAUUGUGUAUAUCAUUCUGUAAAUGUGCCGAAUCGAUGCUAUAAAAUAUUGUUUUGUAACACUGAACUAACUGACCGAAUGUAAGGUUCCACCAGGUGCGUGUAUGGGGACAUACACGAUGCCAGGAUGGUCGAAUGUAAGGUUUCAUUCAUUUUAACGUUACAUUUAUUACUAUUUUUAUAGAUUGAAGCAUUUUUGCUGCGGGCAAUACUGAUGAUAUUUUUAUUGAAGGUAGUUUGAGAUAUUUAAGAAAAAAAUAUAUAAAGCGGGUAGAAGGUGGUCGGUUGGUUCGGGGAAGAUAGGUGUGUUGUAAGAGGACAAGGAAUAAGUAAAAUAAAUGUUAAUUGGAAAUU